AGUGAUCCUCCUGCCUCAGCCUCCUGAGUAGCUUGGAUUACAGGUGCAUGCCACGGUGCUCAGCCCCCCAGUUUUUAUGGGACAUGUUUUCAUCUCUCUUGGAUAUAUACCUAGGAGUGGAAUUGCUUGGUUGUGUGGCAAUUCUGUGUUUAGCAUUCGAAGAAAUUCAUUGAAUGGUAAGCUGAAAAGUGACAUGGUUGAAUUUCUGAUUUCAGAAAGAUCACUGAUGUGAUGAGAAUGAAUCACUCUGGAGUGCUAGGAUGUGGGGGCAGGGAGCUAGCUUAGUAUAUUAUUGCAAAAUCUUGCCAAAGAUGAGCUGAUCAAAUGAGAGGAAGCAUGAACUAAGAUGGGAGCAGCAGGAGUGGAAAAGAGAGAUAUAAUGAUGCUAGUACAGAGUUUAUAUUUACAGAACUUGAAAUGCAGGCUCAGGAGUGGGAGGAGUCAGGUGGUGCCAAGCCUACAUAAAUGAGCAUGGUGUUGCUUUUGACAAAUAGGAGAGGCAGAGAGGGGAAUAACAUUUUGUAGUUUCUUAAUUUCUAGUAUGUCUUGAGAUAGGUCUCUAAUUAUAUGCAGCUCAGUUAACAGAUGAAAGUUAUUGGUUUGUCAUGCAUUCAUCUUUAUGAAAAGAAAGGAUUCGGCCUUGCUUCUUCCUUGUUACGAAAGUAUGGCCAGGGCUGGGCACGGUGGCUCACACCUGUAAUCCCAGCGCUUUGGGAGGCUGAGGAGGGUGGGUCACCUGAGGUCAGGAGUUUGAGACCAGCCUGGCCAAUAUGGUGAAACCCCAUCUCUACUAAAAAUAUAAAAAUUGGCUGAGUGUGGUGGCGCAUGCCUGUAAUCCCAGCUACUCAGGAGGCUGAGGCAGGAGAAUCACUUGAACCUGGGAAGGUGAGGUUGCAGUGAGCCAAGAUCAGGCCAUUGCACUCCAACCUGGGCGGCAGAACAAGAAGGCUCUGUCUCCAAAAAAAAAAAAGAAAGAAAAAAAGUAGGACAGUAAAAGACUUAGAAGCUGACUUGCCUUAGGAUUAAAGUUAACCAGCAGAUUUUGUGUAUUCAUUCAAUAAUCAAGUCUAGUUAAAUUGUUUGAAGCCAUUUUAAUGUUUAAAAAAAUACUGAAAGAGGCCAUUGAAUAGUCAUGGAAAAAGAAAGCAAAUUAUUGUUUUUCUUUAAGUAUCAGUUCAUCUGAUAGAUGUGGGUUACCACAAAGCAUUGGUGGCUCACCAAAAAUUGCCUGUUGGUAGCCUGUGUUUGCAAACUGAUACCUCUCUAUUUCAUGGAGUGAUAUCAAUUAGGUUAUACUUAAAUACUUCAAAUGCUUUUGGUUGUUUAUUGGUUUGGGUUUUAAAUUAGUACACGUUAAUUGUUGAAUUGGGUAGCCACAUUUUGUUUGUUUUAUGUAUAUUUAAACAAUGUGACCAAAAAUACUUUUUCCAUUUGCAGCAGCAAUGUGAAUAAUGGAACAUUGUGACCUUCUAGAUUCUGUUAGUAUUACAGAAUAAUGUAAUUAGGCGCUAUGUGGAACUUGAAAACAUACUUAAAUUUUUGUUCUGGCUGUGGUUUUAUGCUUUCCUAAAAUGUGGCCUGUAACAGUUUAUUAGUAAAUAUGCUGAAUUGCUUUCUUUGGCAAGUGCAUUUCAGUAUUGAAUCCAAGUAAAAACACAAAUAUUUACUUAUAAAAGUCAUUUGGUGUAGUAAUAUUUUUACUAUGGCCACUGACCCACUAGUGAAAUGUUAGGGCAUUGCUAGAUUGGAUCCUGUUUAUUUAAGGGCCGAGAGAGAGAGAAAGAGAAAGCUAACAUUAAUUGAAUGCCUAUUAAUGUGCCAUCAUAUUUGGUACACUAUUAUCUCUUUUUUGCUUUCCCAGCAACUCGGGAAGUUUAUAUUAUCUCUGUUUUUCCAGCAAGAAAAGUAGCUCUCAAAGAAAUUUAUAGAAAUUGAGAAGUUGAUUUUUAAACUCUGAAAAUGUAAACAAUCCAAAAUAGUCAAACCAAUUUUUAAAAAGAACAAAGUUGAGAUUCUUGUAUUAGCUGAUUUUAAGGCUUGCAGUAAAGCUACAAGACAGUGUGGUGUUGGAGAAGAGCUGGACAUGUAAAUCAGUAGAGUAGGAUAAAGUCCAGAAAUAGACCCAUACAUACAUGGUCAAUUCGUUUUUGACAAGGCAAUUUAAUGGAGAAAGGAAAAUCUUUUCAACAAACCAUGCUAAAACGACUAGGUUUCCAUAUAGAGAAAAAAAUGAGCCUCACUUAAAAGGGUCGUAGACCUAAAUAUAAAAGCUAAAACUAUAAAACCUAUAAGAGCUUUCCCGUGUGGAGUCUGGAGACGACGUGCAGAAAUGGCACCUGGAAAGGGGAAGGAAAAGAAGGAAGAACAGGUCAUCAACCUCGGACCUCAGGUGGCUGAAGGGGAGAAUGUAUUUGGUGUCUGCCAUAUCUUUGCAUCCUUCAAUGACACUUUUGUCCAUGUCACGGAUCUUUCUGGCAAACAAACCAUCUGCCGUGUGACUGGUGGGAUGAAGGUGAAGGCAGACCGAGAUGAAUCCUCGCCAUAUGCUGCUAUGUUGACCACCCAGGAUGUGGCCCAGAGGUGCAAGGAGCUGGGUAUCAUUGCCCUACACAUCCAACUCCGGGCCACAGGAGGAAAUAGGACCAAGACCCUUGGACCUGGGGCCCAGUCGGCCCUCAGAGCCCUUGCCUGCUUGGGUAUGAAGAUCGGGAGGAUUGAGGACGUCACCCCCAUCACCUCUGACAGCACUCUCAGGAAGGGGGUUGCCGUGGUCGCCGUCUGUGAACAAGAUUCCUCAAAAUAUUUUCUGUUAAUAAAUUGCCUUCAUGUAAAAAAUAAAUAAAAAAA